AUCAGCUUUAAGCUGCCGCCGUGUCCGCAGUACCUGUCGGGGGAUAGAUAGCGUACGCGAAAUGGUCCCUAUGCGACAAAAACAGUAUCAGCGUGUCACACAGUUGAAAGAUUUGAUAGCCACGCCUGCGUUAUCGACUUAACCCACAUCAGCGUGUCCACAGCAUUUCAUUAAUAACAUCGAUAGCAUCAUCGAAUAUUCUAUUUUAGUGGGUUCCAGGAAUGUGGCAGCAUUUUACCAUACCCUCGAAUGAAAAAGACAUGUCCCGAUUACUCAGAUGACCGCCCAACCCAAGAACACGCAUGGCUUCCUCUCGAACACCCAAGUUCGUGUUUCUUGUGUAUGUGCUGAUCAACUGAGAUCUUGACAUGAAAUCAAGCUCCGGUUGAUACUGCUCCUUGCCAGCACAACUGGGCGGCUACAGUACCGCUUCUGCCAAUGGUGGAAUCCCACAACUUUUUCCUUUUUUUUGUGAGGGGGAGGGGGUAAAUAGAGAUAAAUCAUCCAAGCAAAGGCAGACGUUCUGUCCACUCGGUGGAGUUGAAUUGUCGUACCAUUUUUGACCCUCCAGACGAAGCACUCCCCCACAUCUCUCUCUCUCUCUCUUCCAUUUUGCUCUAUAAAUUCCGCUCUUCUCGUAAGCUGCAAUUCCCUUUUCUCCUUCUCCCCUCUUCACUCGCUUAGGUUUCUUGAGGUUCUGCUGCUCUGCUCUUGAUUAGUCUUCUUCCCCUGUGUGCUCUUUUGAUCAUAAUUUCUUUGGGUUCUCGAUCCAAAAUCGAAAAACUCUUCCUUCUAGCUUCUGUUUAACUUCAUUCUUGGAGAAAGAUUUGUCUUCGGGAAUUCCUUUCGCAAGUUUAUUCCCUGUUCUGGGCAAUCCAUCUCCAUACACACUCUAUCUGACCAAAUCCAAGAAACCAGCAUCCGAAAUUUGCCGCUAAAGCUAGGGAGGUUUACUCGUAACUACGUACCGAUAUCUGAGCUUCGUUCCAUUCACAUGCAGUGUCUGUAUCUCUUGAUGUUUCUCGUUGCUGCCGCUUAUCCCAAGUGAAAUUAAUUCUCCUGCGCGAGUUUAUGAUACACUCCAUUUUUCAGCGCAUGACAAACCUCGCUCAGUCCUUCUCUGUGGCCUUUCUUUACUGGUUCUAUGUGUUUCAUGAGCUCGUCGCGAAGAACUGAGACCCCGUCCCUCUUCUCAUAAAUAAUUAAUCUCCUCCUCUUUCUUGCUUCUCAGAAACAUAACUCAGCUGUCGCUCCACCAGAACGCAGUGUUUCCCGGAGCACAACUUGUCAAGGCAACUAAAUAUUCAGAUAUCUUCUUGUUUCACGAUUUUUCUGAUGGCUUCUCCUAGUGGCACUUCUUCCGGAUCCAGCCAGCUCCUUACCUCCGGUUCCGAAGAAGACCUGCAAGCCGUGAUGGACCAGAAGAAGCGGAAACGAAUGAUAUCGAACCGGGAAUCGGCGAGGCGGUCGAGGAUGCGCAAGCAGAAGCAGUUAGCCGAUCUCACGGCAGAGGUGAUGCGGCUGAGGAGGGAGAACGACCAGGCCGUCGUGGCCUUGAACCUCACCACGCAGAGCUACUCCGUCGUGGAGGCCGAGAAUUCCGUGCUGAGGGCUCAGGCGAUGGAGCUCACCUACAGGCUGCAGUCUCUCAAUGAGAUCGUCGACAACCUGAAUGAAAACAGCAUCAGCCCAUGGAACUUCUUGUGUAUGAAUCGGCCUAUCAUGGCGUCCGCAGAGAACAUGCUCUACUACUGAUUGAUCCAUGAGCGGCAGCCAUAGAUUCCGUAGCUAAUAAUGGUGCCUGCUCCUCCUUGUUUGGCAUGCAUCUCCCGUUUGCGUACUCUUCCGGCGUGUUAUUCUCGUGUUUGGGGUGAAUCGCACCCAAGAUAUUUUAUCAUUUGGUCUUAUGGGGACCCACCCCAUUAUGUACGAAUAUUAGUCUUAAGACCACGAACCUUGCUUGUUAUCGUGGAAGGUUUUU